AUGAUCGACGACGAGCAGAGAGCGAAGCAGAAGCUCACUGUUUACAAGCAACGAUGGAGCAUCUUCUCCGCCCGCCGGUCACUCUCUUGGGCCGCAUCACCAUCCUCCAAUUCCAACUCAAUUCGCCCCCAAACCUCCCCCGCCUCCGUCGUCCUUCCAACGGAGUUUCUCUGCCCCAUUUCCGGCGACAACAACAGCUCCUUCGUCCCUGAUUUCUCCAACGUCGCAAUCCCUAAUCUCGCUCUCAAAUCCGCCAUCCUCAACUGGUGCAAUAGCCACUCCAUAAUCCCUCCGAAACCCCUCGAUUGCUCAACGGCGGAGACCAUCGUCAGUGCCAAAAUAGAGCAUUUGAAGAAACAGGGGAACCCCAAUUUGGAGAAAAACAGAGGAGUAAUUGAAACAGGGGAAACCCAAUUUGCAGUACAGGGGAAUCCCGAUUUGGUGGAGAACAGAGCAAUUGAAACAGGGGAAGCAACCCAAAAAACUCGCGUCUCAACGAGCUCGGAGGAAUCCAUUACUAGCUCCCCCGGCUCGUCCAAUUCGUCGCUCCCGCUACGAAUACCGACCCGACCCGUAUGCUACUCCUCCCGCUCCGCUUCAUCCUCAUCGGAGCCCGACGAAACCGUACUCGACCCGGUGGAGGAAGCGCUCCUCGCCAAGCUGAAGAGCGCACAAGUGUUCGAAAUCGAAGAGGCAUUAAUUUCUCUCCGGAACAUGACCCGGACGAAAGAAGAGAAUUCCGUCAAUCUCUGCACUCCGAUGGUUCUCUCCGCCUUGCGAACCCUAAUUUCGUCCAGGUACACGAACGUUCAGGUGAACGCCGUCGCUUCUCUGGUCAAUUUAUCAUUGCAGAAGCAGAACAAGGUGAAGAUCGUACGGUCGGGGCUCCUCCCGCCGUUGAUUGAUGUGUUGAAGGGUGGGUUUCCCGAGGCGCAGGAUCACGCCGCCGGGGCGAUUUUCAGCUUGGCGCUCGACGAUCACAACAAGACGGCGAUCGGCGUUUUGGGGGCGUUGCCGCCUCUCUUGAAUUUGCUCCGGUCCGGGAGCGAGCGGACUCGGGAUGACUCGGCUCUGGCGCUGUACCACCUGUCGCUGAUUCAGAGCAAUCGGAGUAAGAUGGUGCGGAUCGGGUCGGUGGGUGUCCUGUUGGGGAUUUUGAAGUCGGGUCAUAUGGCGGGUCGGGUCCUGUUGAUACUGGGAAACUUGGCGUUCUGCGUCGACGGGCGUGCAGCGAUCUUGGACGGCGGCGGGGUGGAGUGUUUGGUGAGUCGGUUGAGGGGCGAGUUGGAAUCGGAAUCGGAUGAGUCGAUUGAGGAGAGCUGUGUGAUGGUGUUGUGCGGACUGUGUCAGGGCGGGUUGAGGUUUAAAGGGCUGGCGAAGGCGGCGGGGGCAGAGGAGGUACUGGCGACGGCGGCGGAAAGGGGGCGGAUAGAAGGGACGAGGGAGAAGGCGAGGAUGGUGUUGGAGAUGCUUCGGCGGAAGGCGGAGGAAGACACGGCGUUGGAGGAGGUGGAUUGGGGGGAGUUGCUGGAGAUGGAGACUCGGUGGGAGUUCUCCAGCAAGACCCGGUGA